AAAUGGAUUCUGACCCGAUUGGCGAACUGAUACUACAAAUUUGACACCUAUUCCCUCCAAACCCAUUUGAAUUACAAAUCCCUUCUUCUCCAAAUUACUUUGCAAAAAUGGCUACCAAAACUCAAAUUCAGCCUCCAAAACCCCCAAAACAACCACCAAAAGGUCCACAAAAACAGUGGUCGCUCGACGAUUUCGAAAUCGGAAAACCGCUCGGCAAAGGCAAAUUCGGUCGUGUUUACCUUGCUCGUGAAGUUAAGAGUGGGUUUAUAGUGGCAUUAAAGGUGAUAUUCAAGGAGCAAAUAGAGAAAUACAGGCUGCACCACCAACUGAAGAGGGAAAUGGAGAUUCAAACGAGUCUUCGCCACCCAAAUGUACUGAGGCUAUAUGGCUGGUUCCAUGAUGAGGAGCGGAUUUUCUUGAUUUUGGAGUACGCCCACGGCGGUGAGCUCUACAGGGAGCUUAGGAAGACUGGUCGCCUUUCCGAGACACAAGCCGCCACGUAUAUUGCAAGUCUUACACAAGCAUUGGCGUAUUGUCAUGAAAAGCAUGUCAUUCACAGGGACAUAAAGCCAGAAAACCUGUUACUUGAUCAUGAGGGGCGCUUGAAGAUUGCAGACUUUGGGUGGUCUGUACAAUCUAGAAGCAAGAGACAUACAAUGUGCGGAACUCUGGACUAUCUAGCACCAGAAAUGGUGGAGAACAAAGCUCAUGAUUAUGCAGUUGACAAUUGGACUCUGGGGGUUCUUUGUUAUGAGUUUUUAUAUGGUGGGCCUCCAUUUGAGGCCGAGAGACAGACCGACACAUUCAAAAGAAUUAUGAAGGUAGACCUCAGCUUCCCCCCAACACCUGAAGUGUCUGCCGAUGCUAAGAAUCUCAUUAGCCAGCUUCUUGUGAAGGACUCUUCUAAAAGGCUCUCUCUUCGAAAGAUCAUGGAGCAUCCUUGGAUAAUUAAGAAUAUAACUGGUUAGUUAAAGCGCGGUGUAGUGAAAGUAGCAGAUCCCACAAUGUUAUUUGCCUUCUGGUGUUUCGACUCUUUUCCCUAUUACGUAUGAAGUGUAAUCAUCUUGAUUCCAAUAGUUUGUAUCAGAUGGAGUGAAGAAUUGUUGGUGGACAUUGAUAUAGUUUCCUAGAAAUAGUUGUGUAUUCUCAUCUGUUCAAGCCAUAGUAGAUAGAGUUUUACUUGCUGGUAGGAGGUGGUAGGUACCUCGUGGAAUUAGUCGAGGUGCGUGCAAGUUGGCCCAGACACCACCAUUAUCAGGAAAAAAAGAAAAGAAAAGAAAUAGUUGUGUAUCGUUUGCAUAUUUCUUUCCUGGAUGUUCUAUUAAUUUAUAUCAUCUUCCUUAUCCA